AUGGCGUCCACCGAUGCGCGCUUGGCGGGGAUCGCCUCCUCCAUCCGCGUCAUCCCUGACGUCCCCAAGCCAGAUCCUCUUGGAGUUCAAGGAAGAAAAAUUUUAGGACAAGGAAAAUAUGGAUGCCGUGAGUGCAUCAAGUGGGCACAGAGGCAAAACGAGUACCGAGCCACUAGGCUUGUGCUGUCCUCGCUCGACCCGCCGUCGUCGCGCGUCGCCGUCUUCGGCUUCUGCAGGCUCUUUGGCGGCGACGACAAGGGCAGGAAUGGCAGUUGCGCCAAAGCCAAGGGAUGUGCCACUGAUCUCGUUCGUACCUCCUGCUCCAGAGCUUUGGUGGAGAGCAAGCUACUUAGUGGAACUACUCUCAUUGUAGACCGCUACUCCUAUUCGGGAGUGGCCUUUUCAGCUGCUAAGGGCCUUGACAUUGAGUGGUGCAAGGCUCCAGAAAAUGGACUUAUUGCUCCAGACCUUGUAAUAUAUCUUGAUGUACAACCAGAGAAAGCGGCUGAAAGAGGAGGCUAUGGGGGUGAGCGAUAUGAAAAGAUAGAGUUCCAAAAGAAAGUUGCAGAGCAUUACCAUUCACUCCAAGAGGGCAAUGGAGGACGACACAAUUCUUUUUUGUUCUUUGCAGCUGGCGACACGGGUAACUGCUGGCCAAAGUCAUGCUGCUUGUGUUGUGGAUCGAAAAGAAAAUGUUCCAAAGCUAAGAAAAAACAAGAACACCAAAAGAAAGUGAAAUGCAGGAAUGCGUCCAAGCAAGUGCAUGCUCUCGAAGUAGCUGGAAGAGAAACUGCACCUCCUGUGCCUCGAGAAAAGUUUGAGAAGAGAUUUGGGCAGUCAGAUGCAUUUUUGGCUUCAACAUUGCAAGAUAAUGGUGAAGGUUGUCGCUUCGACAUGCUCAAAAGCCUUGAUGAUUGCAUCCAUGUGCUAAGUUGUGGGUACGAGAAUAAGACACAAUGGGGGAAAGAGGUUGGUUGGAUUUAUGGAUCUGUCACUGAGGAUAUCCUCACGGGCUUCAAGAUGCACUGCCAUGGUUGGCGAUCUGUGUACUGCAUGCCCAAGAGACCAGCAUUCAAGGGAUCUGCACCUAUCAAUCUCACUAAUCGUCUCCAUCAAGUUCUAAGAUGGGCACUUGGCUCUGUGGAGAUCUUCCUUAGCAAGCACUGCCCAAUAUGUUGAUUCUCUAUUUCCUGAUGACAUGUCUCUUAAACCUAUAUAUCAUGAAAUAGAAGGCACAAAACAAAUUAUAGGAGCGCUCUCGCUUAUUAUUUACUCCCUUACCCAGAUUCCACUUGUUAAAUACGUGUUCAUUGUCUUGAGGGCAAACAAUGAUGGCCAAGGUAUGUCUUGCAUUCUUGCUUCUUUGAAAUUUCUGCUUUCAGUUACAAAAGAAUGUGAUUCUUUUUUGUACUUUGUUCUGACUC